UUAUUCUACAGUUGACAAAAUUUCUUAUCAGUAAGAGAAGGUGUGUAUUUACUCUCAAUAUAUGUAACUUCUCUGUAUUCGAACAGCAACGGAGAUGAGCAGUUCAAAGUUUGAUUACUAUUGGCGAGAUUACAAUGGAGAAAUACCCGAUGACGCCGUACCUGCCGGGUAUGACAAAAAUCUAGAACGAACUUACGUUGGACAAUUAUUGGUUUUAAAUCAUGGACUCUUAACAACAAGAAUCUACAAAGGAAUAAAAUCGGUAACAGCUUCCAAACAAGGAAUACAUACAUCGUGUGAAGCCGUAAAGAUUCUCUGUAGCCAGCAUCUAGAGAAAUUUGUAUGGUUACCUGCAAAAGCAUGUACACUCCAUACGGAUAUUAUUGGUAAACAUUUGGUAGUAGGAGGUUACGAAAAUGGUAAACUUUUAAAUAUUGGAAGAGGUUCGUACCAAGAAGAAGUAAUAGUGGGCAAAGUUUGCAGUUACAAUAUUGGAAAUGCAUCAUUAUAUUUUCCUUACAAAAAUCAGGAAUUAAAUAUGGAUUCUUACGAAAUUUUAGUUUUUGAUAACGAUGCAGUCGGUGAUUUCGAUGUUAGAUAAGUUUUUAAUAUAAAAUUACAUAAAUAUAGAAAAGUAAAGAAGUUGUAAAUCUGA